AUGGCCCUGUGUCAGGUAGAAUUGGAGGUACCUCUGAAAGGUGCAGAACAAGUAACAAAGAGGCUAGAGCUUGUGAACCAACAGGCAGAGCAGAGCUCCCUGCCCCUCAUGGCCAGUCUCCCUGGCGUGGUCUGCUCUGUAUCUCUCUGUGCAUCUAUCCGUCUCCAUCUCCGCGUCUGUCCUGUGCGCAUCUCUGUGCGAUUCUCUCAGCAUCUCUGCCUUUGUCCCCUAACCGGCUGUUCUCCUAGACAUCAGACCUUCGAAGCUGGAUGCAGAAACCACCCCGCUCCAGCAUCCCAUUCUGCGGCUCGUGCCUCCUCCUCCAGCUCCUCCGCCCGCCGCCCCCGCCGCCCCUGCGCCCACGCCCCAGAUUUCCGGCGGAGCAGGCAGGCAGGCGGGCCAGCGGGCGGGGUACCCACGGGGCCCGCUGCCGUCAGCGUCCCUUCCCGGCGGCCGCGACCCCUCCGCGCUGACCUCACCCGCGCCGCCGCCUCGCGCAGAUAUAAGCAGCGGCCCCGCGGCGAGGAGGGCAACCGGCGCCCCGGGUCCUACCAGCGCUCCUCGACUCCUGACCCGCCGACCCCAGACCCCGAAUCUCCGGAUCGGAGCCCAGGAUCCCGGACCGGUCCGCGGAGCUCGUGCCGGGCAGACGCCAAGAUGCCUAGCCCUUGGUUUCUGCUAGCCAUGGCUUUGACCCUGACCCUGACCGGUGUCCCUGGAGGCCGCGCACAGCUGGAUGUGGCCCAGCAGGAGGCGGACCUGUCUGAGCAACAGGGCCUGGAAGACCUCCUGCGCCAGGCGGAGCGCCUCCUCCUCCUCCGGGAAGACCUCCAGCGACUGCGAGAAGACCAGGAUGACAGCGUAUCUGAGUCUCAGAUCUUUCAACCCGAUUGGUUCUCCAAGCGUCAGCAUCCUGGCAAAAGGGAGGAGGAGGAGGCAGAUGAGGGAGUGGAAGGAGAAGAGGAAGAAGGAGGGGCUGCAGGACUCCGCAAACGGCAGCACCCCGGCCGGAGGGACGACGUGGCAGCAUGGGCGGUGGACGCGGGUCAGCAGAAGCGGCAGCAUCCCGGCCGGCGUGCCUCCUGGCUUGGGUACGCUGUCACCAAGAGGCAGCACCCAGGCAGACGGCUGGUGGACCCCAGGGCCCAAAGGAGCUGGGAGGAGGCAGGAGAGGACGAGGAUGAGGGUCAAGAGCUGAUGUCUGAGAAACGCCAGCAUCCUGGAAAGAGGGCCCUGGGGAGCCCGUGCGGACCCCGGGGACCCUGUGGCCAAGCCAGCCUUCUGCUGGGCCUCCUUGAUGACCUUAGCCGGGGGCAGGGGGCUGAAGAGAAGCGGCAGCACCCUGGGCGGCGAGCGGCCUGGGCCAGCGAGCCCCUGGAGGAGUGAGCCCCGUUGCCUGUAAACUCAGUUUGUGGUCUAAGAGCAUCUUGAGCCCUGUGCACCCUACCCCCCUGUGACCCCCCUUUCCCCCUCCUCCUUAGUUGCCUGACCAUACUCCCGAGCCCCCAGUUUACACACAUGUCAAACUCUUGGCCUCGCCUGCCUAUAUCAGGGACGUGAGAAAGCCAGCCGAUGAGUUCACACCCUGUGUCACCCCACUCGGCAUCUCUGGCGAGGCGACAGACCCCAGAGUCCCUCUCCCCCACCCCGGCAGGCCUGCUUCCCUCCCUAGCCCUAAGAUGAGCUUGCUGUGUCUUCUAAGGGACCCCCAGAGUGGAACAGGGUGCCACUGAUGUGAGCAACCAGGGAGGGUGGGUGGGGUCCAGAUCCAGCUUCCAGCCCUUGCCAUGUGCCAGGAUUUGCCAUGUAUACACUUCACCCCCGGCACCCAGGGUUUCGUUCUCUUCUGGGCAUCCUUUUGUGGGUAGGAAGAGCCCCUCCCCACAGCUGUGUUCUGCUUGGGAGAAACAUCGUAGGUGGCUCUGUGCUGCGUGGUGGCUGCAGGAAUAAACACGUGCAGGAAUUUGUAAACGUCACCCUGGAAGUCGUGGCUCGUAUGUAUCCUUCUAGGCACCUUUCUCCUAUCCGUGUUAAUAAAACCUACAUCUGGAUAA